AUGAUCAAUUACUUCAGUAUCAAACUCCUCUAUGGACUCGCGGUCUUCCUCAUUGCCGUGAUAUGGGUUUGGACAACCGAACAGAAGAGUCGUUCGCGGCCGCCAGGGCCGAAGCCGAUUCCGUUGCUGGGGAACAUGCAUCAAUUGCCGCUAGAGUAUCAACACCAUACUUUCAAGAAAUGGAGCGCCUCGUUCGGAGAACUCAUUCACGCGCGGCUGUUCCGCACUGAAGCGUUGAUCCUCAAUUCCCAACGAGUAGCCCAGGACCUACUGCAGAAUCAGGGAUCAUCAUGUUCAGGCAGACCUCGGGCGGUUCUUUAUAACGAAAUGAUGGGUUAUCAUAUCGACUUCGCAUUCAUGCAAUAUGGUGAACGCUGGCGCAAGCAGCGCAGAAUGGCUCAUGUUGCUUUUCAGACAAACAAUCGUUUGUUGAGCUACCGUGCUUUGCAACGGCGCGAAGCCCAUGCACUGGUCAUGAGGUUGUAUGAGAACCCGAACCGGUACAAAGACCACGUCAGCACAUUUGCAGCUGCUGCAAUAUUCGACGUCGUCUAUGGUUACAGAAUAAACUCAUGCAACGAUGAGUGGUUCGACUUGGCAGAGAAAGCACUUCGAGUGACCGUGGAAGCAGGCAGUCCUGCCGCUACAUUGGUCGAUUUCUUCCCGUUCUUGCAGCACCUUCCUUCAUGGUUUCCUGGCUCGAAGUGCAAUCAAAAGACACUCGAGGCCAGGAAGUUUAUCGAAGAUGCCGCGGAAAAGCCUUUUCAGAUUUGUAGACGUGCUAUUGCGUCUGGAGAGGCAAACACGUCGUGGGUCGCCUCAAUGCUGGCCGAGCACAUGGAGGACGGUGUGUUAUCGGAAGCUGACGAAGAAGACAUCAAAGGCGUGGCAAUGGGAUGCAAUCUUGGUGAGCUCUGCAUUACUGCAACAGUGCUGCUGACAUUCUUGUUGGCAAUGGUUCUUCAUCCCGGAGUAUUCGCUAAAGCGCAGCAAGAGAUGGACCGAAUUACGGGCAGAAGUCGACUUCCCGACUUUGAUGACAGGGAGUCACUGCCUUAUCUUGAGUGCGUUAUACGAGAAGUCUACAGAUGGAACCCUCCCGCUCCACUCGGCAUCCCUCACGCUACGACUGAAGAGGUAACAUAUCGCGGGUUCAACAUACCUGCUGGAACAAUGCUUGUUCAGAACUUAUGGGCUAUGAUGCAGGACGCAGAAAUAUAUCCACAGCCGGAGAAAUUCUAUCCUGAACGCUUCGAGAAGAUGGGUGCAAACGAGAUAUCACAGAAGGAUACGCGCAAGAUUGUUUUCGGAUUUGGCAGGAGAGCUUGUCCUGGCAGGCAGUUUGCAGAUAGCAGUGUAUGGCUUGCGGCGGCCUCGAUGAUAGCCACAAUGGACAUUGGCAAAGCUUGCGAUGCAAAUGGAAGAACGAUCGACCCCACGUCGAUCUUUCUGCAUGGCUUUGUCAGUCGACCGAAAGAUUUCAUGUGUAGCAUCCGACCCAGAUCAGACAGCAUCCGAGAGCUCAUUCACCGGACGCAAGGUUAG